AUGAAGAUCGACCUUAACAUGGGCAAUGAGGAGAUCACGAGUUGCAACGGCAGCAGCAAGAGGAAAGGAGAAGAGGGCGACGUCGGCACCGACGGCAGGAGGAGGCAGAAGCAGAAUGUCACCAUGGUCAUGGAGGUCCUGGACUGCCCCGUCUGCUCCAAACCCCUCAGUCCUCCCAUUUACCAGUCUAUAUAUGCACACAUACAUGUACAACAUCGGAUCAGAAAUAAUGUUUUCAUCAAAAUGCUGCAGUGCUCCGUGGGGCAUGUGGUCUGCUGGUCCUGCUGCGAAGGGCUCCCGGAAAAGAAGUGCGACGUGUGCUCUGGCGACGUCUCCGAGAGAUGCCACGCCAUGGAGAGCGUCGUGGACAGCGUCUUCGUCCCCUGCAAGCACGGAUGCGCCAAGGAGCUCGCCUACUGCCAGCAGGAGGAGCACGAGAGAGAGUGCCCCACCGGCCCGUGCUUCUGCCCUGUCCCUGGCUGUGGCUUCUCAGGGCCGACCGCCGCGCUCCAGGACCAUUUCACCGGCCUGCACAAGUGGCCGAUGAAGAGUUUCAAGUAUUUCGUGCCGUUCUUCCUCCGAGUAGUGCGUCCGGGAUCGCACGUCCUCAGAUGCGGAGACGGACUACUCUUCGUGCUCACUGUGGGGCCGCCGGUGGAGCUCCUCGGCCGCGCGGUGUCCCUCGUCUGCGUCCGGCCGAACGUGCUGGAGUCCCCGGUCGGAUGCUCUGUGUGCUUCUCGUGCUUCGCCGGCCAUUACCAGGUCUCGUCGCUCGACGUGGAGACCUCGUCCCUGGCUGAUGGGCUGCCGACGAAGUGCUUCUGUGUCUUGCCCAAGGUUGCUGGUGACAAAACCGAGGCCGUCGUGCUUUGGAUCACCAUGGACACAAUUUUCCCUAUUCACGAUGAUGAGCUGUACGAGGAGGAUGAUGAUGACGACGACAGCUACGAGGACGGUGAGAAUGAGGAUGAGGAGGAUGAUGAUUGA